AUGGACAGCAAGGCGGGAGCGCCUCAGUCUGACAACAGGAGUGUGAUGCUCAGUCCUGACCCGCCCAAACCUGACCUAGUUUGGGGACAAAUGCAGGCAGAGACCCUGUUGGACUCUUUCAAUGUGCAGGGUGUUCCUGUGCCGGUCGAGCCUGUUGAUGGAGAUAACAAGCUGCACGCCAUGCAUGCACCCAAUCUCAGUAGGGAGGAGAAAAGGCGGAGGAGGCGCGCAACAGCUAAAUACAGAUCUGCGCACGCCACCAGGGAGCGGAUCCGUGUAGUUGCCUUCAACGUGGCCUUUGCAGAGCUUAGGAAACUGCUCCCGACGCUCCCACCAGACAAGAGGCUGUCCAAAAUAGAGAUCCUGAGACUUGCGAUUUGUUACAUCUCCUACCUCAACCAUGUGCUGGAUGUUUAG